CAAUACUUGCAGCCUGCAAGGGGUAAUAGUUUUAUUAUAUAGAGAGAGAGAGGGUAGAAAAAGAAAAGACAGGAGAUUGCCACAGAGAGAGAGAGAGAGAGAGAGAAAGGUAGAUCUGCUUGGGUUGUGAAGCUGCUGCGUAUCUAUGGCUUCCAAGUUAGUGUUGAUUACAGUAUUCAUCUUUGAUUUGAUUGCCUUCGGUUUGGCCGUUGGUGCUGAGCAGAGGAGAAGCACUGCCAAAAUUGUCCCUGAUGCUGAAUCAAACUAUGGCUAUUGUGUCUAUGACUCAGACAUUGCCACGGGCUUCGGCGUCGGUGCAUUUUUGUUCCUCAUGGCUAGUCAAGUGCUUAUAAUGGUGGCUAGCCGAUGCUUCUGCUGUGGACAGCCCUUGAACCCUGGAGGCUCAAGAGCCUGGUCAAUUGUUCUUUUCAUUAUCUGCUGGUUAUUUUUCUUGAUUGCGGAGAUCUGCUUGCUGGCGGGGUCGGUGAGGAACGCCAAGCAUACCAAGUACAGGGAAAUAUUAGGCGGAAACCCGAUUUCUUGUGAAACCUUGAGAAAGGGAGUAUUUGGAGCAGGAGCAGCUUUCAUUUUCUUCACAAGCAUUGUGUCUCAGUUCUACUAUAUUUGCUACUCCAAGGCUAGGGAAAGCUUCCAGCCAUAUGCUAGAGAAGCUGCUGUGGGUAUGGGAGCCUACAAAUGAGCUUCAUUGAGGUGAUGGGUUCAUGGCUAUUUCUUCACAGAUAGAUGUGACUGUUUGGACUCUCCUCUCUCUCUCUCUCUCUCUCUCUCUCCAUCAAUUUGCUUACUCCAUUGCCUGGUUUGAGUAUUUUAUGUGUUAAGAGUUCAACGUAGUUGGGUAUGGUUCUUAUUUUUAGUUGUAUUUCAUAAUUUUUUUUCCCCCCCUUUCCUCUUCAAUACUAGCUACAAUGUAUUUUUUUGGGCUGUCAUAUAUGUAUCAAUAAUAGAGAAUAAAUUGCCUUCGUUCAUAUGAAAUUUAUUAAUGAACGAUUGAUUGCAUUUUUCAGUUAAUUUA